AUGAGAGAUGAUACAAAGCAAGAAAGGGACAGGAAACGGAAACGUAAGCAACACGAAAGUGGUGAACAUGAAAAACAGCAUCAGGAAUCAGUAACAACAAUUACUAAAGAUGAAAAAGAAGAAGAACAGCAACCAACGACGGAAGUAACAUUACAGCAACAACAGCAAACUGAAACAAAAGAUAGUAAAACAAAGGACCAGCAUAAAACAGUGAAUAUUGUCGAGAGUAACCUGACAACAAUAGAUUCAACAGACAAUACAAAUGAAACCACAAACAUUAAAACAAUGCCAACAACACAUACCGUAACAGAAUCAAAUGCAGCCACAACCAAUAGCAGCCCCAUCACCACCACCAUCACCACUGCUCCUAACUUGGCCAACAAUAGCAUCGUAACUGAUGCCAAAAAGCUCCUACCUGAAGAAAUACAAACACAGACAUUAAUAACAGACGAAGAAAUUUCUUUGAACCAACCCAGCAGGGAAAAGACAGACGAAAAAGAUGAGGAGGCCAUCACAUUGCAAACACCCAGCACGGCACAGACACAAACUUCCAACUCCUCGCUGACUCUAGUCUCCGCCACAUCCGCAUCAUCAUCCAUUGUUACCGCCAUGGAUUUUCAACAACGUGACCCAACUGAAACGUAUGACGAUGACGUUUUCUACGAUGCACGCAGUGAGGAUUCAGGCUGUACGGCAGCAAGUAGCAGUAUGGCUUCCAAUACGCAACAAAAACAGGAACAAAAACAAGAACAGCAACAGCAGCAGCAACAACAGCAGCAGUCUUAUGCGGAAACUAAAUGUCAACAAUCUGAACAAGAACAAUGUCAGCAAAAACAACCAGAACUACAACUACAACAACAAGGACAUGAAGCUUCUGAAGAAAAAUAUUUGAAAAAUCCAACAUUGCAGCAACAGGAUACAAAUGAUGAGGGCCAACAGCAAGAGCAAAGAAACCUUGAGGUUGAAGGCCAACCAGAAAAUGAGCAGCAGCAGCAGCAACAACAGCCGCCACCAGCAGACUGUCAUAAAACAAAUGAGCCAUUGCAGCAGGAGCAACAAAUGAAUAAAAAUGAAGUGAAAAAGAAAAAUAUCAACAGUAACAGCAAUAGCAACAAUAAAGAUAAAGAUAAGCAGUUACAAUGCCAGGAUAAUGAAGUUUUUACAAAUAUCCAAACAGAAAACGAUGUUAACGAAACCCAGCAACAACUGGCAGACAGCAGUGGCAAUUCAAUGGGAAUUGCUACAAUUAUCUCGGCUACAACUACAGCAUGUAGUGUUGGUGUUACUACAGCCAACCCCACCAGCUCGACUAGUGCUAACAGCAACGAAGUUGUUGUUACUGUUGAUGGUGUGGCUGUGACUGUGGCUGGAGACCCUGCCUUGGAGCUCAAGGUUAACAAACACACCAAGAAAAAACAGGAAAUCAACGAAUUUGCCAGCAAAAACGAAUUGGAAACAACAAACAACAACAACGACGAGGUUAAUUUUAUUACGAAAGACAACGAUAAAGCAUACAAAGGCGAUAAAAGAGAAACGAAACGUAUUAGCAAACAUAAACGUGAUUAUUUGCACGAGGAAGAGAGAAGAGAAAACCGAUUGAGAAAUCAACAGCAGCAACAUGAAGAUGAAAAACCCACCACUACCGUUAUAACCAGCAAAACAUCAACAGCUAAUACAGCAUCAACAUCCUCGUCCGCAACCAAAAAACAUCGUAGCCAAAGACGUUCACCCUCCUCCUCCAAUUCAAAUAACUAUGGUGGUGGCAGUGCUGGAGGUCGUGACCAAACGCAUCAUAAAAUACCCACCUCAACUUUGAGUUGUGAUACAUGUUGCCAAUUAGAGUGGCAACAACACGACUCAUAUAUCAAUACACAACAACAGCAGCACUCACCACAGACCCUCAAGCCACCCACGCUCCACAUCGGCAUGGCUGGCCAGCCAACACGUGUCAGCAAACGUAAAACCAGCAGUAGUAGUUGUCUAAGCCGCGAAAGAGCGAGCAAAACAAAACAAGAAAUAAAAACAAAAAUCAUUUACAGCCAAGAAAAACCAGAGAGCACAACAACAAGAAUAUCAACAUCAACAAGAGAAACCGGAAUAACGACGACAGUAAUAAAAAUAAACAAAACAAAAGCAACGGAAACAGAGACUAAAACGAUGACGAAGACGGAAACGGAGAAAGAGGCAGCAACUGUGACAUGCUCAGCAGCAAUAAAAUCCACAAAUGUUGCCGCAACAAAACCGAAAGAAGAAGAACAAGCUGAAGUACAACAAAUUAAAGAGGAAUUGAUAAAAGAGUCUAGCAACAAUUUGGAAAAUAUUGAGCAGACUACUAUAGAAAAACCUUUAUUGGAAAACCCAGAUAUUUUACAAGAAAUUAAAGAAAUCUCUAAGGCCAUAGCCACGCUGCAACAUGAUGCCGAAACAAGUGAUUCGCUUACAUUGGAGGCUGAGAAACCACAGCAACAUGUGGAGGAAACAAAAAUUGUGGAUACUGCUGUUGAGGAAAAACUAGUUUCCACUCAAACAGCUACAACAAAAACUAAUGAUGAUAAUAAUGUGGAUGAUGCUGUUGCAGCGACAACUACUUCUGCUGAUGCUGCUACCACAGCAGCAGCAGCUACAGCUACUGCUGCUCUUAAAGAAGUCAGUGUGAUGAUGAUGGAUCAACAAACAACAAAAGAAGCUGUUGAUGUUAAUGAUGCUGCUGCUGUUGCUAUGACUGCUGCGUCGUGCACACUCACUGCCAAUGACAGUAAAACCAAUACUACAAACAUCAGUUGUAAUUCGGAGUUUGCAGGUGUCACAACACACUCGCCGCAUAACAGUUCUUCACCUAUAGUACCUUUAAUCACAACCCUGCAAUCAUCACUCUCACAAGAAAGUGAGUUACGACGACCGCCUUUGCAAAGACAAGACUACUCUUGCCUUGACUCCAGUGAAGCACAAUCGGAUGACAGUCAUUUGACUAGAGAUUCUGUAACAAGAGAAUCCCAAAACGACGAACUGUCUUCCUCGACUUUGGAUAAAAUCGAUGUUAGUACUCUGCCGUUGCCAGCUUUGCCGCCCAAAAAGAGACGCACUAAACUAAGAGCCAGUCCCUCGAAACAUCAUCACGGUCGCACCAGACAUGACAGUCCUCAGAAGCAUCAACAGCUGCAACAACAAGAACUAAGAGAUCCUCAUGGUUCUAACGAAACUACACAAUUAACCGUCGAAGAAACUAAACAUCUGUCAGCGUUUCAGCAAUACGUGGCCAAGAGAAGAGAAAGUUUAGAGGCUUCUACGCGCAGUUUCAACGAGAAACUGGAAUCGCGCAGAAUGCAUUAUCAUAUGGGUGGUGGUGGAGGCGGUGGCCCUGCUGGUAAUUCCUCCACUUCUGGUGGCGGAACUGGCAUCCAUAUGCCUACAUAUUUGUUUGGAGAACAGUAUUAUACCGGCCUAACUUCGUCAGCAAAUAGAAAAUCGUUGGGUCCCUCUUCCAAAGAGGAAAUCUAUUUGAAUAAAUCCGGUUGGGUCCAAGUUAACACCAAAAGAGCCAACGAUGAAAAUCGUGGCUAUCGUCGUGCCAAUUACAACCAUCAAAAUGGUGAUUUACGCAAUACCAUACGUGUGAUACAAAUCGAUAAUACCAGGCGUUCGGAUAUGGCCCGCCAGGCUUUAUUACAACAUCAACAUUCCAUGAUGGAACCACCCAAGUUUGUCAGCAGUAAAGUAGAGGAAUUAAUACAGAGAAAUGAAGCUCGUCUGGGUAGUGCCAAUACCAGGGAUUCGGCUCUAAGACCCGGCUAUCGGAUUGUAGAUCCUCAACUGGCUUCAAUACUAAAUGAGCGUCCUGGAUUUUUGCCAGUCAAAAAUCUCAAUGAUCAUGAUUCCCCGCCUCCCAUAACACCCAUACUCUCGCCACCACCUGCCUUUCAAGAUAGCAGUGCUAAAGUAAAAUCCUUCGAUCGCCGCCGCACCAUAUCGAGUCGUCCGACUCCACAACAACAUUCGGUAUUACAACCCCAAGCCAUUAUUAAUAACUCCAAUCUGCAGCCUGUUAAUGGGGGCAAUAAUAAAGGCAUGGUCUUCUCCCGCUCCUUUGAAUACGACAAUCGUCGUCCCACCCCCACAGAUGCUUAUGUCGAAACGUUUUCACGCAGCUUUGAUGGCAAUCUCACCGAGAGGGUGGUCAAAGCUCCCCUGCCCAGAGAUCGUUCGCCCAAUUUUAGCACACUUACUGGCAACUCACCCAAUUAUCUUACGAAAAAAGACUCGGGCGGUGGCAGUAGUGGCAGUUUAAAAUCUCGUGAAUCUUCUCCUAAAUAUCAAUCUCCUGUGGCCUCUAUCUCAUCUAUACAAUCUCCUCAGAAUCAAAAAACUACUGCCUAUCUAAAUACUUCGGUUAAAGAAGCGCCUCCCUCGUACAGUGUGGCCGGUCAUGCCAACUCCUUGACUGCUCAAAAGUAUUCACCACGUUCCGCUCAUAAUGAUCGUUCGUUUGAGCGCUCCAAAAGCCAUAAUGUUUUGGGUCGUUCUCGUAAGUCGCAGUUCAGUCGUUCGGGCAGCGGUUCAACGGGUGUUAUGGCCAACAGUAUGGGUGUAUCGAGAUUUCGGAGCUUUGAUACGACGGCCAGUCAACGUUUGAAUUCGUGUGAUAGUGGUGCAAGAUCAGAUCUCUCCAAUGAUGAAUUGGACAAUGAAGAGGAUGAUGCCGGCAGUUCAGAGUUUUUGAACACCAACAGCUAUCAUCCGGCCACGUCACCCUUCAAGACCCAACGUCAACGCUCUCUAACACCCGAUCGCAAUGAAUCUCACAGCUCUUCGAGUAGUCUGCGUAAGCAACGUUCCAUAACACCCGAAUCGAGAUCUCUGACACCCGAGGAUCGCCGUAAGAAAGGCUCACAGGUGUCAUUGAGUGGUUCGCGGCAAAACUCAAGUUCACGCAGUAAUACUUUGGAGCGCAAACAUGAAAAGGUUAAUAUAUCGCGCAGCUCCUCAAGUUCCAGCUACAGUGGCCGAGAACAUGACAAUCAUGGCCAUAGUGGGGUUGCUGUUGGGGGUAGCGGUAUUGGUGUUAUGGAGAGUGGUGGUCUGAGAGUGGGGGUUGUUGCCAUGAAUGUGGCCAGCAAUUCGCAUCGUCGUUCGUUGGGUCGCAAUGCAAAGCAGGCCGAUGAGCAUCGCAUAAGAAGAUCAAGAUCCCUACAACUAACCGAGCGAUCACCCAAUCGUGGCCACAAAAUGGUGGUUUGUGUGGGUCAAAAUCAUGUCAACACCAAUCAGCCGCCCUUGUAUCAACAAUCAAAUAUAAGAAACAAUCUGAGUAACAUGCAAUCGACAAACUUUCCGCCCACUAUUAGAACAACUGGCAAAUCACAAUCGAUAUUGAUAAACAAUAGUAAUGGCAGUGUGGCGGGUGCUGGCAGUGCACGACAUCGCCAAAGCGAUAUUGAUAAAAGUCGUUCCUUUGAUUUUGAUUAUUGUAAUUAUAAUGCCCCCGGCAAUAAUAUCAAGAGCCAGCAUAGCAAUAACUCCUUGAUAGGUACACAGAAUCUGUUGAGUCGAGAGGCUGCCUUGAGAUUGGAAUUUGAUAAGAGUCGUUCGUUUGAUGAGGACUAUAGAGAGGCGGUGGUGACGAAUAAUAAUUUAAAUGCCAAUGCCAUGAGAUAUUUGCAGGCCAAUGAGAAUAGUGAUAGAAAUCAUGUGGCUAGAAUAAGACGCUCUUCGCCGGUAGAAGGUAAUGGCAGAAAUACCCGCAGUCCCCAAUCGUCGGGCUCAUCCUGCAAUAACUUAAGUGUGCCAAGAUCCACCACCAGUCCGCAAAAUUAUGGCACUAGAUUGUGUGACCAUGAAAUGACUUACGAUUUAAUGCGUAAAUCCUUAGAUCGUUCACCCAUUAUGGACUUUCGUAGAGGCGAUAGUGCGGGUGGUGGUGGUGGGGAUUAUGAUAUACCCAUGUCUAUGUUGAGAAAUCGUGAGACCAUCAAUUCGGGCGGCAAUUCGGAAUUGAAUUUUAUGAACAGUGACAAUAGACAAUACGAGCAUAUGAGUUCGAAUUCUUUGAAACAGCAAAGGUCUUUAAGAAGAACUCACAGUCCCAAUGAGUCACACUAUUCGUUGGAGCGUACACACAAUGCUGGCUCCAGAGACGAUAUAACUCCAAAUGAUCCAAAUGAAUAUCGUAACGAGUACAAUGAACUGUAUCGUAGAACAAGAAGUAACAAUCGUGGAAGGUAUUAUGAUUUAUUUAAAUCAAAAACAACAAAUGUUCCACUAAAUACCACAAUAACAACUACAACACCAGCUACCACAAAACCUCCAUCUAAACAACAACAAUUGCUUAAAGAUUGCUCUAACCAGCCCUGCUCCUAUUGGCCACAAUGCGGAGCUUGUCACAAUCUACAGCAACCCAACUAUGAAUAUUUGAAAUCUUUACCUUUGAAACGACAAAAUACUCAGAAUUUCCAUCAUGUUGAGGAGGAAAUGAAAACAAAAGCACUGCCUUCCUCACACAGCUCCAACGAUGAACUUAAUAAUGGAAAGUCUUUAACGCAACUCAAUGCCAACAUAUCCUCGGUAAAGAUAAAUAUCAAUACAAAUUCAAAUCCAAAGCCAACACAACAGCAACAAAACCAAACAGAAGAUUCCAUAUUAUUACGGGAACAACAAACAAUGAUACGCCUUCCUAAAUCUACAACCCAAUGGACUUUAUUGUGUAAAAAUGCCUUGGCCUCAACAGCAACACCAGCUACUUCCCCCCAAGAUAUGACAUGUUUAGAGCCCAGUUCUAUAUCAUCAAGCAAUACCGUUGUCAAUGUCAAAUCAUCUCCGCUGGUGACAACAAAAUUAACGGAAACAACAGCGACAGUGACGGCUACAACAGCAACUGUCUCAACACCAGCUUUAAUUUCAUCAUUAUCACCAUCCACAGCAGCACUGACAUUAACAUCAUCAAUACCUAACACCACAAAGCUAACGCAGCCACGUGUCAUACCCUUGGCCGCCACUUCUUUAGUAUUUUUAGGGGAUUUUGAAAUGCCCAUUACCCGGGAUCGUAAUGAUUGUACUGACAUUUAUGAGACAAAAACAGCAACAUCAUCUAGUGGAGGGGCAACAACAGCAACUUCGACAGCAAAUACUAUUGAUAAUAAUUUCUCUAUUUAUGAGACGAAGCUGCAAGACAAUGUGAAGAGAAUUUCUACAAAUGAAAAACAAACCAGAAAAUUUCAAACAAAUAAAUUUAAGCAUAAAAAUGCCAAGAUGAUGAUGAUGAGAAAAAUUAUGGAAAAUGAUGGCAAUGAUUUCAGUGGUGGCAGCACCACCAGCAGCAGCAUUAGCAGUAGUUGCAAUGAAAGUAGCAUUACCAGCAGUUGUGGCAGUGGCAAUAGUUCUAAUACAACAACACCCACCACAACAGUUUCUACGGUCAUGUGUAGAAAGCGUAAGAAUAUGAAGGUGAAAGCGAAGGGUAAAGCUCAACGUUAUUGCAGGCGUCCGCGAAUGUCACUGCCAAAUAUUUGGUUAAAUGGAGCAGAUCAGAACGGGCGGGAAGAAGACGAUAUGGAAAAUCAACAACAAAGGUAUGAAACUAUUAUUAUAAUCAAUCAACGUCAGCAUCAAUAUCAGCAGCAAAGAAUACAAAUACCUUCCUCUUCCCUCACCAUCGAUCAUCAUCUUCAAGUCUUCACGGCCUUUGAUAAUUCAUCUUCGGGUUUUUAUCAUUCCACAAAUAUUAAACAUUAUAUUGGUAUUAAUGCCUCCAGUAUUCAGCAACAAAAUAUUGUUAUACGGGAAUACGGAUAUAGUGGUGUAUCGUAA